UUUAUAAAUCCCUCUGACAUUUUUUUCCUCAGUUCCAGAUACAGCCUUGUCUUGGUGAGACACCAGAAAAGUUCAACCUGAGGCGGCGUUUCAAACGCGAAACUGUGUAUUCUGAGCGCUGUUGACUACAUUGCUUAGUCCUCGAUUACUGCACUACCCAGGUUCACGAAGAGCUCGCCUUUUGGAGAGGAUCGGUGGGGGUUGGCUGCGCACUCUCUGUGGAGGGUUGAAGUGAGAGAAAAACCAUCUAGUUCUUGUCAUUUCAGCUGAAUUUCAGGGAUGGGAGGAAAAUCUAGCAAGAACCAAUUCACGGCCGAUAUGAACUGCUAUGAGGUGGCGUGUGCCCUCGAUCCGGACUUACAGUCCUUUGAUGCCACCCUCCAAGAGCGCACCAAUCGCGUCAUCAGAUCGUUUGCUGCAGAGGUCAAUGAGCCUGGGUCCAUUUCUUUUGAUGGAAUCAGAGAGAUCAUCCAAUGUCUGCUUGAAAUGCACCAGGACGUAGCCAAUUUCAAUCUGAGUAGUAAGGAAGAUAUAUGGAAUAACAAAGAAUUGUUCUCAUUUGUGGAGAAUUAUUUUGCCAAUAGUCUCAAGACAUUGGACUUCUGUAUAGCCCUUCAGAACUGCCUGAAGCGCACACGUGAUAAACAGUUGAUAAUUCAACUUGCAGUACAGCAUUUUGAGCAAGAAGUAGAAGAUGGGAUCGAUGGGGUAAAGCACGUGAAGACAUUGGAAGAAUUAAGGAAAUAUAAGGCUGCCGGAGACCCUUUUACAGAGGAGUUUUUUGAACUGUUUAAAUCGGUUUAUGAACAGCAAGUAUUGAUGUGGGAAAAAUUGCAGGCUAGGAAGAGAAAGCUAGAUAAGAGAUUGAAAUCUAUCAAGACAUGGAACAGAGUGUCGAAUGUCAUUUUUGCUGCUGCUUUAGUUUCUGUGUUGGUUCUCUCGGUGGUGGCAGCCGCCAUUGCAACUCCACCCCUUGUAGCAGCUUUGCUUGGUGCAUUGACGGUUCCAUUGGGUUCUGCGGGAACAUGGUGUAGCUCACUUUGGACACGCUAUGAGGAUGAUCUGAAAAGACAAAGGGUGGUAAUCAGCGCAAUGCAGGCCGGCACUCGAAUUAAAAUAACGGAAUUGCGUAACAUUGAGGCACUUGCCAACAAAUUGGAAAUUGAAAUUAAGUCGAUUCUGCACAUUGCUGAUUUUGCUCUUGGUGAAGAGGGGGAUGCAGUGAAGCUUGUGAUAGAUGAGAUGAAGAAGAAGCUGGAUGUGUUUAUGAAAAUUAUUCAGCAGUUAAGCGAGGAGGCUGAUAAGUGUAGCCGGGAUAUAAGGUGUGCGAGGACGACGGUUUUGGGAACGAUGUUUGGCCGUGAAAACAACUGAAAAAACCCUUUGGUAUAUUGUUCUGAAAACUCUUGUCAUGUUGGUGUUUAUGUGAAUCUACACCUUGGGUUAAUUAAGUUUCGUGGAUCAUUCUCAAACA